CAGAAUGACAUUACUUUUGGGUCCUCCAAGUUCGGGGAAGACAACAUUGCUAUUGGCCUUGGCUGGGUGUCUUUCUAAGGAGCUUCAGAGCACUGGAAAGGUGACGUACAAUGGUCAUGAGUUACAUGAGUUUGUACCCGAAAGAACGUCUGCUUAUAUCAGUCAAAACGAUGUUCAUAUUGGAGAAAUGACUGUUAGAGAAACAUUGGCUUUCUCUGCCCGAUGCCAAGGCAUUGGAUCACGUUAUGAGAUGUUGGCUGAGUUGUCAAGAAGAGAAAAAAGCGCAAACAUUAAACCGGAUCCCGAUAUUGAUAUCUAUAUGAAGGCUGCUGCAUCGGAAGGUCAAGAAGCUAGUAUUGUCACAGAUUACACUCUCAAGAUAUUGGGGUUAGAUAUGUGUGCAGACACGAUGGUAGGGGAUGAUAUGAUAAGAGGUAUAUCCGGUGGGCAAAGAAAGCGUGUUACAACAGGAGAAAUGAUAGUUGGACCAUCGAAGGUUCUACUUAUGGAUGAAAUAUCUACUGGUUUGGAUAGUUCGACGACUUUCCAAAUAGUGAAUUCUUUAAAGCAAUAUGUUCAAAUUCUUGAAGGAACAGCGAUCAUAUCUCUUCUCCAGCCUGCACCAGAGACAUACAAUUUAUUUGAUGACAUUGUGGUUUUGAGUGAUGGAAAGAUAGUGUAUCAGGGUCCACGUGAAAAUGUGCUCGAGUUUUUUGAAUCUUUGGGAUUCAAAUGCCCCGAAAGGAAGGCUGUUGCUGAUUUCUUGCAAGAAGUGACAUCAAAGAAUGAUCAGAAACAGUACUGGAUGAGAAGACACGAGGCUUACAGAUUUGUGACGGUGAAGGAAUUUGCUCAAGCGUAUGAAUCAUUUCAUGUUGGAAGAAGGCUAGCCAAUGAACUUGCAAUCCCGUUUGACAAAAGCAAAAGCCAUCCUGCAGCUCUUACACACAAGAAGUUUGGGCUAAGCAAGAAGGAGCUCUUGAAAGCUUGUAUUGAUAGAGAAAUGUUGCUUAUAAAAAGAAACUCAUUCAUCUACAUUUUCAAACUAUUCCAACUGACAGUUAUGGCGGUUAUCACAAUGACUAUGUUUUUCCGAACUGAUAUGCAUAAGCAUGGGAUUGAAGACGGAGGACUUUACGUUGGUGCUUUGUUUUUUAGUGUCACAACGCUAAUGUUUAAUGGGAUGGCUGAGAAUGCAAUGACAAUUGCAAAGCUUCCAGUAUUCUACAAGCAACGGGAUUUUCUAUUCUAUCCAACAUGGGCAUAUGCUAUUCCGACGUGGAUUGUCAAGAUUCCAAUUUCGUUUGGUGAAGCCGCGAUUUGGACACUCCUCACUUACUAUGUAAUUGGAUUUGAUCCCAAUAUCUGGAGAUUUUUCAAGUACUACUUGUUGCUUGUGCUUGUUAACCAAAUGGCUUCAGCAUUAUUCCGAUUGAUUGCGUCAGUAGGCCGCAACAAUAUUAUUGCAAACACAUUUGGUACCUUUGCACUUGUCAUACUCUUUGCAUUGUGUGGAUUCGUUUUAUCACGAGAUGAUGUGAAAAAAUGGUGGAUUUGGGGAUACUGGUCAUCACCAAUGAUGUAUGCCAUGAAUGGAAUUGUAGUAAAUGAGUUUCUUGGACAUAAGUUCCAAAAGCCAUUCGGCAAUUCAACACUUGGGAGAAUUAUCCUAACUUCUCGAGGAAUGUUCGCGGAAACUUACUGGUAUUGGAUAGGUUUUGGGGCUCUUUUUGGUUUCAUGAUAAUCUUCAAUUUGUGUUACACAUUGUUUCUCGAGUAUCUUAACCCAUAUAAGAAAAUUCGAGCAGACACAUCAGAACACGAAGAACAUGCCGUUGAGUUAUCACCAACAAUAGUUGACCGAAAUCAAAACAAGAAGAGAGGAAUGGUUCUUCCAUUUGAACCACAUUGCAUCACGUUUGAUAAUAUCAAGUACUCCGUUGUUAUGCCACAGGAAAUGAAAGAGCAAGGUGUCAGUGAAGAUAGAUUGGUGUUACUCAAGAGUUUAAGUGGAGCUUUUCGACCUGGUGUUCUUACCGCGCUUAUGGGGGUUAGCGGUGCCGGUAAAACUACAUUAAUGGAUGUGUUGGCAGGUAGAAAAACUGGCGGGAUUAUAGAGGGCGAUGUUCGGAUAUCUGGGUAUCCGAAGAAACAAGAAACAUUUGCUAGGAUUUCGGGGUAUUGUGAACAAAAUGACAUCCAUUCUCCUCAUGUUACUGUUUAUGAAUCAUUGAUCUACUCGGCUUGGCUACGAUUGGCACCAAGUGUUAACGAAAGCACUAGAAAGAUGUUUAUUGAUGAGGUGAUGGAACUUGUGGAACUGAAUCCUUUAAGAGAUGCCUUAGUAGGGUUGCCAGGGGUCAACGGGCUAUCAACAGAGCAACGAAAGCGGUUAACCAUAGCGGUUGAGCUGGUGGCUAACCCAUCUAUAAUAUUUAUGGAUGAACCAACAUCCGGUCUUGAUGCUAGAGCGGCUGCUAUUGUUAUGAGAACGGUUAGGAACACGGUGGACACGGGUAGAACAGUUGUGUGCACCAUUCAUCAACCUAGCAUCGAUAUAUUUGAAGCUUUUGAUGAGUUGUUCUUGAUGAAAAGAGGAGGACGAGAGAUAUAUGUUGGACCCAUUGGUCACCAAUCUUGCAAUUUGAUCAAGUACUUUGAGGCUAUCGAUGGAGUGAUUAAAAUUAAAGAUGGGUAUAACCCUGCGACUUGGGUGUUGGAAGUCACUACUUCGUCACAAGAACUUGCUUUGGGAGUCGAUUUCACUGAAAUCUACAAGAGUUCUGACCUAUAUAAUAGGAACAAAGCCCUUAUUGCAGAACUAAGUGAACCACAUUCUAGUUCAAACGACUUGCAUUUCCCAACUCAAUACUCGCAGUCCUUCUUCACCCAAUGUUGGGCAUGUCUAUGGAAACAACGACGCUCAUAUUGGAGAAACGCGACUUACACUGCUGUUCGUUUCACCUUCACCACAAUGACUGCACUGUUGUUUGGAUCUAUGUUCUGGGAUCUUGGUGGUAAAAGGAAAACUGCACAAGAUUUGAGCAAUGCAAUGGGUUCCAUGUAUACAUCGGUCCUCUUCAUAGGCUACCUAAACAUGUCCUCAGUACAGCCUGUGGUGCACAUAGAACGAACAGUGUUUUAUAGAGAACGAGCGGCUGGAAUGUAUUCUGCGUUGCCAUAUGCCUUUGCUCAGGUUCUCGUGGAAAUUCCAUAUGUGUUUUCACAAUCUAUUAUUUAUGGGCUUAUAGUGUAUGCAAUGAUUGGAUAUGAUUGGACGGCUGCUAAAUUCUUUUGGUUCUUCUUCUUCAUGUUCUGUUGCUUGCUCUACAUGACGUUCUUUGGUAUGAUGACGAUUGCAGUCACGCCAAAUGCGGAGGCCGCUGCCAUAAUUGGUGCUGCGUUUAUAAGUCUCUGGAAUCUGUUCUCUGGAUUUAUCAUCCCAAGACCUAAAAUUCCGGUGUGGUGGAGAUGGUACUACUGGGGAGAUCCGAUUGCAUGGACACUAUAUGGUCUAGUUGUUUCACAGUUUGGGGACUUUACGGAUGUGCUCUCGAGCGGGGAGACAUUUAAAGGUUACCUGCAACGAUAUUUCGGGUUCAAACACAAAUUCAUUGGUGUUGUGGCAGGUGUUCAUGUGGGAUUAUUGAUCAUUUAUGCAGUUAUUUUUGCUUAUUGUAUUAAGUCCUUUAAUUUCCAGAAGAGAUAGAACUCCAUUGUUAAUGGAAAAAUAAUAUUGUUUUAAUAAUGGGCUUUUUUUAAUUAUUUGUGAAAAAUACACAUUAGGG